AGGGAAGCCCCGGCGCUGCGCAGGAGGGACGAUGUCUGCCCGUGCGAGCCGGGCUGGACAGAGAUGUAGUCCAAGGCGUCUGGAGUGCCACCCACGCUUCCAGAAGAUGUGGGACGUGUGUUGAUGCUACUGCCUUUGGAAAGGAUUUAUCAGGGGAUGCUGCUUCUUUCACAAGAGGUAGCAGUACAAUUUAGCAUAGUUUUGCUGUUCGGGAUGUAGUCCAUGGCAUUCCAGUCAAUUCAUGGUGCAUAAUAAUGGUCUAUUUGGGGAAACAGGUCAGCACACGCCCUUCUCAUUGAGUGGAUACUAGCAUUGACAUUAGAAUGUGUCAUCCUGGUCAAGCAAGUGGUAUAUGCAGCUUUUAAAAUUUCAGUUUUAAAGUGAGAGCUGUCUUGUUGAAAUCCAAAAGUGGUACUUCAUAUGUUGAUGUUAAUUAAUUUGAUUUCAUGUAGAGCCAGUUCUAAAAAUACUCCAGUUUUACCUUUGAUUGUAUUUGUACUUAUGUAUUCAAAACAACCCUAAACAGUUAAGUCAAAAGUAAAACAAACGUGACUCUGAUGUGCAGCUAACCAUUUAAAAGCAACAUUGGAAAAGAUGUUAGGACAGGUUUCUUAUGCUUUUAGAAGCAGCAACUUGGGAAAAUAUAAAUUUAGCAGAGUCAUGAGAGCAGUUACAGGAAAUUGCAGAACACUUUAGUACCGCCAGAACAUGCAACUACAUGGAAGACUUAAUUAUUUCAGAAAUACAUAUUUUAGCUCUGAAAGGGAGAAGGGGAAUACAGUUUUUUUUUGCUGCAGUCCUCGCUCACUCUGGUUCCCCUGCAGUUGUUUUGGUGCACUACCAGCCCCAACCAUAGCUGUCAACUUUUCCCUUUUUUUAUGGGAAAUUCUCUUAUUCCAAAUAGGAUUCCUCGCAAGAAAAGGGAAAAGUUGACAGCUAUGGCCCCAACCCACACUCAGCUGAGAGUAAGUCCUAUUCUAAAACAACAGAAUUGUGCUGUUGGAUAUAUAAGGGCUCCUUAAUGUAUCUUGGAGAAAGUGUAUAUUAGACAAAACUUAAAACGAACAAUGUGUAAUCACUAGCCAACAUAAUCUAAUGAGAACCACAGGAACAUAGUUUAACAUAUGUAUAGUUUAAUAUAUGCAUGAAGCACCUCUCCUUUAUGGGUAUGCCUCUGGCCCCUGCUUCAUCACACAGUAUACUGUUCAACGUGAGCUGAUUUCUGGAAUGAUCACACCACCAAGUCAGCACUUAAUGGUGAAUGUGGAAUGCAUUAAUGGCUUGUCCAUACUUCAGUUUGUCCCGUGCCUAGAAAGUAUAGGCCAGAGUGGUUUUCUGCUUGUACUGUGCUUUCUAGGCACUGGUCCAAGUGGUUUUGCCGUUGCCCUGCUGCUUUCCCCCAGAAAAUCCGCUCUUUAGUGCUGAAUCAAAAAGCACUUUUCAGGAGCAAAAAGAUGUGCAAGAGAACUAUAUUGUGUGUGUGAACUAUGUAGAAAAAACAAGUACUCAAGCUCCGUUGAUUCUAGAAUAAAAUGUGUGCACGUAGCCUCAGGCCCAAACCCUUUUAUAUCUGCUGUUAGUGAAGCCCACUGCAUUUGGUGAUACUUACACCCCAAUAAGUGUGCAUAGGAUUUUAGUCUUCAGUUUCAUCGAAUCCAAAUUGUAGAGUUGGAAGGUCCCUGGGGGUCAUCUAAUCCAACCCCCUGCAAUGCAGGAAUCUCAACUAAAUCAUCUAUGACAGAUGGCCAUCCAGCCUCUGCUUAAAAACCUCCUGAGGGACUCCAUUUCACUGCUGAACAGCUCUGACUGUUGGAAAGUUCUUCCCGGUGUUUAGUUGGAAAUUGGAAUCUCCUUUCUUGUAACUUGAAGCCAGUUUGCUUGCUUGUUUAUUCAUGGACUAUAAAUACUAUUUAUGUUCUAGGAUUCAAUCUGAUACAUAUCUACACAGAAGCCCCUCUAUACUUAAUAGUACAACUCCAAGGUAAUUUGUGCAUGAGUACAGCUUUAGGCUGCAUUCUUAUGCAUACUAGGAAGUAAUGCCCGUUUAACUAAACAGGACUUAUUUCUGAGUAAACAUGCGUACAGUUGGGUUCUUGUUCUCUGUCCUGUUUAUACUUACACUGUAAAAACAGUAUGUAUUCUGGGAGCACUGUAUCAAUAACAACAGCAGCAGUAAGCUAGUAUUUUUAGCUUAUGAGCUAAAAAGAAACUUACAGGAACACUGAGCUUCAGUCGUUGCGCAUCUCACAUACUUGGCUUAGAAGAUUUAAAAGUCACUGAUGCAAUCUCAUAUGUAUUUGGGUUGACUUUGUUAGCAGCGAGAGAAAAAGAUUGUACGUGUUCAGGAAAACCAUCUUUUCAGUUGUCACUGCCGUCCGCACCUCAGAGAUGCCCUGCAUUUGCAAGCUGAUAGGGAAGUUUUGAAGUGCGUGGGCAUAAUAUGCAUAACUAAGGUUGCCGUCUGUUUUGCAGACAUAAGCUUCGUGGCAGACAUUUAACUGGCGUGGUUGGGAAAGCUGCCCCUGUUGGGUUUCUGCCUGCUAGGCAGCUGCCAAGUCGACGCAGCCAGCAAUCUCUUUAAAAGAAAAUGGCAUGGCUAUGAGCUCCCCUCGCUAGACCAGCUCCCUGGUGGUGUGGCCAAGACGACGAGGCAUAUACGGUUUUAUGACCAGGAAGCCGGAUUCUCUCUCUGGCGGCAGUUUUGAGCCCUGCCGCCUCGGGCCCUGCCUGGGAGCGCCUUUCUUUCUCAGCUGCUGCCGUCAGAGCGAGAGGGAGGCGGCCCUGGCGGCGAGCAGAGCAGGUUCUCCUGUCACUAUUUGUAGCAGCAGCGCACCAGAACUGGCUCGGCUUGAAUGAAGCGAGACCGCGCCCGGGAGCGGCGCCUCGACCAGGAAGUGGCUGCCGAGGCUGCCAGGAAACGGUGCCUCCGCCUCGGAGCGCCAGAGAGCCGUAGAGGUGAGGAGACGGUCGUCGUCGUCGUCCCUUCAGGUGGGACCCUCCGAGAGGGAACAAUGCGGGCAGGGGGAAGGCGGGGGCUUUGGGGCGGGGGCGCGUUCGGCUAGGAAGCAGCUCCUUCCUGCCUGAGCCCUGAGGGGGAGGCAGCUCUGUCGGCGCUGCACCUGCCGCCGAUGGAGACGCCUGGAAACGGAGUUCCCCUUUGAUGGACAUCAAUGCGGGGGCGACCAGGAGGAGGCUGGGGCGCGCGAGCGCGUUUGGGCUCGCUUGCUUUGUGUCGUCACUGUCGCACACGCGCGCGCACGCUUUUAGGGCACAGACUCCAGAUAACUUAACGCCAUUAGCCUCUCCGGCUGCAAGCCUGUGCCCCCUUAUAACCUAGGAAGAGAAUCGCAGAAUUGUAGGGUUGGAAGGAACCCCGAUAGUCAUCUAGUCCAACGGCUGGACUCCAACCCCCUGCAAUGUUGGAAUAAAUCCCAUGUAGUUUCGUGGGACUUGCUUUUGAGUAGACACAGGCAUAGAAUCCCAUGGUGAUGCUCUUUAGCUCAUUUUGCCCAUUAAGUUUGAUUAAAAGGAAGGGUGGGUGGGUGUAAGCUUCUGUAGAACCCCUCCCCAGGAACUUCACUUGCCUUCUUGGCAAACAACAAAACCCCAACCUUCCCCCCCCCCCCCAAUCCUUUAAAAUCUGGUGUUAUGACUGCUUUUAUUACUGUUGUAUAUAUUUGUGGUUUCCCCUCUAUAUUAUUAGGUUAAGUGUCCCAAUAUGGUCAAAGUGUUCUAUGUACAGUAUAGUCUUUUAAAUAAAUAAGCAAGCCACUUUAGUGAAGUGAACACAGGAAAUUGUCUUGUAGUGAGUCAGAUCAUUAGUCCAUCUAGGUCAGUAUGUAUCGACAUGGACUAGCAGUGGCUUUUCAGGAUUCCAGGCAGGGGACUUUCCCAGACCUACUUGGAGAUGUGGGAUUGAACCAGGGACAGUUGCUAUAUCACUGAGCCCUUUGGGGUUCCAUUAAAGAGCACCAAACUGUCAUUUAAUGUUAGUCUUUUGUCAUGGGAGGUGCCAUUUUAGGUGCAAAAGUAUUUCAAGCAGGGCCAAAAGAUUUCACUUCCACCUAUUGGUGUACUGCAGGUGGAAGUUGUAUUCAUGGGGAAAUCACCCAGAGGACACUCCCUUGCCAGGAGUCAUAGCCCAGAAGAAGCUUGAGGGCAAUGGAUUUGUUCCUAAACAAAUUUGCAUAGUUGUGUCUUAUGACAGAUGACCAUACAUGUAGAAUAUUCAAGAUAUUUUUCUAAAGAAUCUUGGCUACACAACUGAGCUUAACAGAUCCAAUCAUCGAUGGCACUAUUUCCCCAUGUCUUGCACAUUUAUUUGCAUGCAUCUGCAGUACUAUUCUUCAGAUAUGAUACAAUCACUUCACCAGCUUGAUCCUCCUGAAGAGCUGAGAUGAAAACAAAAGGCACUUUUUCAGAUGUGUUUAGUUGAUCUUGGUGUUUGCAAAUCCAAACUCCUGGAUUCAGUUUGGUAACAGGUGCUAACCCGAAGGCAGAAGCAGUGAGGCUGUUUACAUACAUGCCCUGCAGUGUAGACUAUCAACUUGCUUAGAAUUUACUUACAGGCUAUUGUGAGAGAGAAACUGUUCUUCACUUGACUUGUGCUUUGUUUGCCCUUCUGUCUCUUGUAAAGAAUUCCAUAUAGCAGAGUUUAUGGCAUUUUGCCUCUAAGGCAACUAGAUCUGUAAAGUGCAGCCUAGCAUGGUCUUAAUCUUCAAGCGCUACUACAUGUAAACAAAUAUUUGAAGGAAUACCAGGUGCUACUGAACAACUUAGUUUUACCUUGGUAUUUUUUCCUCCCGGAAGAUGGUUUUGGAGACCUCAGCAACAACAGAAUAAAAAUAAAAAAUUGUUUCUAAACUCUAAUCCUGCAGAAACUCCGUUGCUUAGUUUGCAACCCUUCUCAGUGCUUUAUAGGGUGGUGCAGUUUGAUCUAAAGGUCCAGCUUCAGGAACAUACACCCUGUUGUGACAAGUUUGCAAAGUAUUUUGAGGGCAGUCUCUUAUAUACACCCCAACCUUGACACCACUUUUAAGGCAAGUCUGCUAGAGACAUCCAGAACACCUGCUCUCUUGCCACUUGACCUCCAUAGCUAAUAAAUGCCAACCUGACUAAAUGACUGCAUUUCUGCCUCCUCCUGUCCCGGUGUUGUACCAUGGGUUCUAUUCUUAAUUUACUAUACAUACAUUAUGGUACCCUUUGGAAGGUUUGUAAGUAUUACACACUAUGGGGUAAGUGUAAACGUUUAAUUCAUAUGUUGAGAUGCAUAUAGUUGAAAUUUUCUAGUGUGGUCUGGCAGCAGGUUUGCAGUUCAUAGAAAACAGUUCAUAGUGUUUUAGGUGAACAUUCUAACAAUGAAGCUGGAUUGAGGAUUGUAGCAUGUGUACAUGUUGCCUUGAGAAACUGGCUCCAGAAUUGUGACGCUCAGGUCGACACAGCUUGGGCAUGUUUAUCCUGGUUGCAUUAACAAGUGGGCAAGAUUACUGAUUGGUUAAAUAUUGUCAAGUUGCUUGUAUAGAUUUUAAUACUGGGGUGAUCUUUGUUUCUGACGGUCAUCUCUUUCAAAUCAUGUUUUUAUUUCCCUCUGUUUUCUUUAUUUCUUAUAUUAGCAUGAAAAUAGUAAAAAAUGCUUUGCAUUAAAAUUAUUGCUUUCAAAUUUACUUUUUUUUUUUGUUCUCUUCUCAUAACUACCAUAGCUGAGAAAUAUUGUUGUAGCAUGAUCAGUAACACUUUUCUUUUCUGGUCUGUUUCUUUUUUUAUUAAAGAUUUUCUUGAUUUACAAAACUGUUUGCAGUGUCUCUCUCUCGUAUUUGUUUCCCUAUGUAACAUUUUUACAAAACAGCUUCAUUUGCUGAGACAUUAGGAAGAAAAGGGGGAAAGAGGUGGGGGGGAGAUGGGGUCAGGUGGAGAUGUUUCUAUUUUACUUACUAUAUGUAGGGUUUGGUGUCAGCGUUUGUGCAGGUUCUUUGCUGUUCGCUUGUGUUCCUUUGGUGGUGAGAGAUGUUGGGGUUGGCCUAGGGUGUGGUUAUUCAUAGUAACACUUUUCUUAUAAAAAUAUGUACCAGGAAGAAGAAUCAGCCACUCAUAGUGAUGGUCAGUGACACCAAAGGAGAAAUGUAAAGGACAUUAAUCAAUGUGACAGUUGGUUCUGUUGAAAACCUGGAACCAAUACCUGAAGCACCUGAAUAAUUAAUAUCUGAAAUUGAUACUCAAGUAAAUGGCUGAACUUCCACCUGGGAUUCGCUUGUUCACUUUAUUUACAAGAGACCAGUGGUAAGUUAUAGUCUAUUGCUUUGGCCUGGUCAGGCUUUGACUUCCUCUUAAAUAAAUCUCAAUUCAAAUAUUAAGUUCUAAUAAGAAUGAACAGUGAUGCAUUUUGCUUAAAGGUGUAUUUCUGUAUAGACUUUACAUUAUAAUCAUCACUAUAGUCGUACCUUGGUUGAUGUACACCUUGCAACUCGAAUGUUUUGGUUCCCGAAUGCCACAAACCCAGAAGUGAAUGUUCCAGUUUGCAAAUGUUCUUUGGAACCCGAAUGUCCGACGCGGCUUCCAAUUGGCUGCAAGAGCUUCCUGCAGCCAGUCGGAAGCCGCGCCUUGGUUUCCAAAUGUUCUGGAAGUCGAACAGACUUCCGGAACGGAUUCCGUUCAACUUCCGAGGUACCUCUGUACUAUUAUGCUUGAAAAAUUGAAAAGGAUACCUGUGCUUUGUAUUGUGUUUGGGAAGAGAAAGGUCCUCUUUUAAACUGAAUUGUGAAGUUCCAAUUUGGUGUGUGGGUGUGUUUAUGCGGGUGUGUGUAUAUAUAGAUUAUAGAUGAUAGAGAUAUAGUUAUAGAUAUAGAUAUAGAUAUAGAUAUAGAUUCACACACACACACACACUUAUUUCUAACUAAUAUUGCAGUAUAACUAUGGGACACGUUUCCACUUUGACAAGCCCCCCUCUUGCUCCUUGAACCCAGGUAUACUUAGGGUUAGGGUUGUCAUCUGACCAGAAAGAAAUUGGCCUUCUCUUACACCUUUAACAAUACCAUGAUGUGCCAGGUGAAGCCAGGUGAAGCUUUCCACAGCAUGGAGUUUGGCAGGUGACAACACUUAUGUUCUGGUCAUCAAGCUUCUGUGAAAGGUGAAAGCUACAGAAGCAGAUUGAAGAGCUGGCAGCCGUGCUUAUCAUCUAUCACGCCUCCCAGAACUGCUAUGCAGCAAUUGCCACCGAUUCCUGGAAACUGCUCUGACUCAACCAGCCAAAGCAGCGUUGGUGGCUGCCUCUUGGCACAACCUCUGGACUUGAUCCCAGUUGUGUCUGACAUUUGCCAGGAAUUAACUGCUGGUGGUGGGAGAUGUGUCCGUGUAGCAGCUUUGAAAGAUCACCCUACCAUCCCAGCCCCAGUCAUCCCACCUCAUCACCCCAACCUCAUUAAUAAUAAUUAACAUUUUCUGGAAAAGAUAGAAAGGCACCACAACUGUUCAUCUCAGUACUUUUUUUUGUUUUUUGGCAUGGUUAGAGCAUUGUGCAAUGAAAACGGAAAUUGCUUAACCUAUUGUAGUUAACCUUUCACUCUUGUUUGAUUUAGCUUCCACAUCAGUGUAAAUAUUGGAAAUAAAUAAGAGAAACUGGAUAUAACAAUGGAACAGCCUAAAAGGAUUGCAAGUGUAUAGCUGCAAAUCAUGGAAUUAUAAAUGUUUGUUCUGUUCACAGGUACAGGGCUCUCACAUUUGUCCUGACUUUUAUGCUGUAUGCUAGUUUCCACUUAUCAAGGAAACCAAUCAGUAUAGUCAAGGUAAGUAACAAGGAAAUAUCUUUCUAACACAUCUGACAUCACACAAGGAAGUACAUUUUAAAGCUACAUAAAAGUGUUGUUACCAUAUGCGUUACAAUACAGCAAUAAAAUGUGACAUACUGUACAGUAAUAAAAAGACAUUAAAAUGUUUAUAGUGAUUGAGAGCCCACAUGGAACAUCCAGUUCUACAAGGGCUUCUGCACUGUGUGUACUAUAAGUAGAUGUCUCAUUGUCAAGAUGCCCAUGAUCUGUGAAAAUAUACAAAGGCUAUGUGUACAAAGGCAAAUCAAAAGUGUCAUUUAUAGUGUUGUGAAAUUGAAAAUAAGUAUGUACUCAAUCUUCAGAUUUUGCCAGACUGUCUGCUCAUGUUCAAAGCAGGUAAUCAAAUUCCUACCCAGACCAUAAUCAUGUUGCUAAGGCUCAACAUUUCAAUCCAUGGCAACCAAUUCUAUUGGGAUCCAAUUUGUGUCUCAUCUUUACUCAUCUUUCGCUUUCUCUGUCCCAGCUAAUUCACAAUCUCUCUGUUUUAUUAUUUUGCUGUUUACACUCUCACUUCUGCCAAGGAGCUCAGGAUGGUAUACAUAGUUUUUUCAAGCCCCUUCAUCAUUUUAUCCUUACCACUCCCUACCCCUGGUAGCUUGCACUGAGAGAGUGCUAUUGGCUCAAGGUCAGCCAAUGAGCUUCCUGUCAGAGUGGGGAUCUGAACCUGAUUUUCCCUGAUUCUAGUCUAAUAUUCUAACCACUACCACACAAGCAUGUUUCUGCAGUCGUUCCUCAUCCAUCCAGAACUAUGCAUGUUAACUAGGAACAAAAUGAAUGGAUCAAGAAUAAGUAUACCAUGCCCUCCAGAUGCUGUUCGACUCCUAAUUCCCAUCAGCCCCAGCCAGUGUCACCAGUGAAAAAAUACUGUAAGAGUUGUAGUUCAGCUACAUCUGGAGUGCACUAAUAUAUCAUUUUUGCAGACUUGUUCAGCAUUCAAAUAACGCUUUAGAGAAACACUCACACAACCAAACCUCCAACAUGGCAGUUAUAGUGUUCCUGGACAACAAUAUGUGUUGGGUUGAAAUCACGACAGACGAGUAGCAAGUGUCAUAUGGGAGGCAUCUCUGGAGCAAGCCCCGAGAAGACUCUUUUAUUGAAUAUUACAACAUUGCCACAGGUGCGCUCGUUGCUGAUUGGUUGAUACAAAUACAAAGCAAAGGUUACAUAUAGGCAUUAAUCACCAAUAGAUUAAAGGCUGGGAAAGGGAGCACAGAACUAGACAGGCAUGAAACCUCCUAAUUAAAUUAUAACUAAUGAUUGAUAUAGCAAGACUAAAACAAUUACUAAUGAUUGAUCAUAACAUGAAAGAAUACAAUAAUCGUGUUCCGUAGAUGUGGUCAACGAUGCAUUAAGAACAGGUCAGGGUAUACUGUUUCAUGAACUCAAUGGGAACUGAUCAGAACAUUCCCAGACCCAUGCACAGAGGCAGAAACUUCCCAGCAUCUCCCCCUUUCUUUUUUUGUUUUUUGUGAAAUGUUGCUGUGUGAUUUCAGGCCUGAUGGGACAAAAAUACUUCAGGAUACGUGGUAUGCUAGCGCAUGCCCGAAAUAAGUCUGCCCACCAAUGCUGUUAUGUGAUUUCAGGGAGAAUGGGACAAAAAUACUUCGGGAUACGUGGUUUGCCAGCGCAUGCCCGAAAUAAGGUUGCCCACAUCUCCCCUAAUGUUUACUGUUGGUGCUGCCACUUCGCAAAGUAGGCAGCAAUGAUUUUAUUGGGUGGCUGAGGGGGAGAGAGAAGCCGAGACAAAAAACUUAUGAGACCAGGAACGCAUUGGAUGAAGCAACAUAGCAAAAUUAAUAUACAUAUUAUGACAAUGGCAUAUUGAAAGAGAUUACGAAGCCAAGUCAGGUUUGGCAACCAAGCGGUAAGCCACUGGGUGAAAGAAUCCCAGAGGCCAGAAAAUCCAACGUCCUGUUUAAUGUGGUGUGUAAGAUUUUGCAAAUGAGAGAUUUGGCUUUGAAUGGCUUUAGAAUUAUCAGUAAUAUUGAAGCAACACAUGUCAGCUACUUGUUCACAGCCAUAAUGAUGAAGCAUCAAUAAAUAAUAAAUAAAUAAAAGAGUCUUCUCGGGGCUUGCUCCAGAGAUGCCUCCCAUAUGACACUUGCUACUCGUCUGUCGUGAUUUCAACCCAACAAAUAUGUAAUUAUAUAUAGCCUAGACUAUUAAAAUAAUACAUAAUUUCAACCUUUGAAAUAUACCUGUAUCACAUUUCUUCAAGGCAGUGGAGCAGGGCUGCCAUGGAUCUGCUGGAUCCAAAACAAAACCAUUCCAGCUAGACUGGAACUGUUACAGGAAAAAGAAUGAAAUAGCUUCCCUCUCCACCUUUGGAUACAGAGGCCAAGCCACACUGUCUCACUGCUCCUGACUGGAGCUUAGCAUGGUUCUGUUGUUCUAUUUAAAAUCUGCUUAUGUUGACAACUUUCUGCCUGUAUUUGAUUUCUGUUACUAGUCCCACUCUUUACUGUAUGGAAAACUGACUCGAGGCAUGCAAGUGAUUGAGUCAUACUCUGUCAAAUUUUGUCUCUUAUUGCUUAUCCAUAAGAAGGAUGGGGCCUCAUGGAAAUUUGCAGUCUCUUGACAUAACUAAAUUUUCUUUUUUAAAAAAAAAAAGCUUGCAAAGCUGGAUUUCAUUGAGGUUAUUAUUCAAACCGUUUUAAGGUGGAAAGAAAGCCUUUUGACUGGUAAAUGUUUCUAAACAGCAAAACCUAUUUUGAACAGGGCCAGCCCAGGAUGUUUUGCUGCUGGAGGCAAAACACUCCAAUGCAGCCCCUCACAGUUCUGGGCCUGUGCAGCUGCUCUGCCUGUGCCCUCACCUGCACCUCUGCACCCCAUGGGCACAGCAGGGAGAACACAUGGAAGCACAGAGGAGGUGGCGGCGGCAGUAAGCAGUAUGUUCCUCGGGCCCAGAUCUGCCGUCUGAGGCAUCAGCCUCAACUUGCCUCGUGGGUGGGCUGGCCCUGAUUUGAAAUAUUGGUAAAGUAAAAAUAGUUUAUUUGGUUCUAUGCAAUGAGGUGUUCUGUUAGAUUAAUUGUAUUGCUUUAAUUUAGGGAGAACUACAUAAGCACUGUAAUACUCCACAAGUUAUUGAGCAUAACACCUACAAAGAAUAUGCCAUCCAGAUUCAGCCUGUUAAAAAAAUUGCUAAUGAGUCACGCUGUGGUUGGGAGCCAUUUGGUAAGUAGUCUAUCCCCCCCACACCAUAAACUGGAAUAUAAUCUAAGGGGGAAAUUGUAUUGUUUUGUUCUGCAAUUCCUCACAGUUCUGCUCACUCCUGCACAUAGGAACUGGUUUGUGUGGCAGGGUGGCUGGCAAUAGGGGGAAGAGAAUGCCCAGACUUUGUUAUACAGUGCUAGUGGGAGACUCAGGCAUGUUUGAAACUUCACCUGUGAAAAUAAAUCUUGUGCUGUGCAAGAUGUUCCACUUUUUAAAGGCCUGGUAUAAUUCUGGAGCCUAUAAUGAAUGCCCAUUAUAUCAAGCUGAUCAAUUUAUUCAUGAAUGGUACAAACUGUGCAGGUAUAUAAUUUGAUUAAGCAGAAUUUGCUUAGGGAGCAAACUAUUGUUUUAACCUGCUAGAAUCCCUCUUUGAAGUUGCAAAGAGAUUGAAUAUGUAUUGUUCAGACUUUUUAAUGGCUAUUUGUGCCUUAAAAAUUCCAUCUCAUGAACUUUAACAAACGUGUUCCUAGAUAAGAGCAACUACAAACAGUUGUUGGGAGCCCUGGAUUAUUCAUUCCUAUGUGCUUAUGCAGUUGGGAUGUAUCUGAGGUAAAAUUCUUUUACUCUUUUAAAAAUCCUUUUUCGUGCUUUCAAGUUGUAAAUAUAUGAUUGCUUAAUCUCUGAUCUUCUACUGUGCUCAGUUGCUUACAAGCUUUUGAGGAGCGGAGGAAGGAAUUAUUGAAAAGACUAAAAUUUAGGAGACUGUGUGCCCUAGGAUUUAGGAAUGUAGAUUCUAGAGUACAGAAUAUUCCCUAUUACAGUAGCUCACCAAAGCUGCUUAAAAAGGAAUAAAUUCAAAUCCUGUCCCUAAUGUGGCUGAGAAGAAUCGAUUGUGAUUUCAGAUGAGCACUAUCAGCUCACGACUUCGAUUCUUGUUACUGAAUACAAACCAAAAGGUUUUGCUUAAAAUAUGAAAACUGAAUACAAACAACUCACGAUAACGCAACUUUGUAAAGUUUCUCAAAUUGUUCUUUUUAUUAUAAUGCUACUACAAUGUUAUUGGUAAACUUUGCAUUUUCUGGGUUUUAACCAUAGCUUACCAUGCAAAUGCCCAUGUAAUAGCUUCAGAUUUUUUGGGUUAUAUAUGCUCAGCAUGCUUCAAAAAUCAAUCCCUUUUUAUUUUGCCUGAAUUCAAAGUGGCAUAAUAGGUGAACGUUUGCCUAUCCGGUAUUAUCUCACUGGAGGGAUGUUUGCCAGUGGACUCUUCACUGCCAUGUUUGGAUUUGGUUACUUCUAUAAUAUACACAGCCUGUGGUUCUACAUUGUGGCUCAGGUAGGCACACCUGUGUUUUUCCUUUCUCACUUGGAAUUUUCAGACAUGACAAAAAAAGAACUGCCUUUCUGGAACUGCCUCAAAAUCCACAUAGUUUCCCAUGACAACCUGUCCAUAGCACCUCCUGUUCCAAAGGAUACUGCAGGGGUGCGGAAUCUCUGGCCUGCAAGCCAGUCUUGACCUACUAGGGGUUCAGAUUUGGCCCAUGCAGCUGUCUUCCUUCAUCCAUGCCCACCUGCCUCACACGUGAUGUUAGCUGUGACAUCAGGUGUGGGCCUACUAGAAGAGCAGCUGCCAAUGCACAAUCAGGAACUUUAAAAUGUGCUGGCAAGGGAAAGCGCUACUAAGUGUUGACCUCUUAGGAAGUCUAUGACUUCCCUUUCAUGCUGGCAGCCCACGAGCUGUGGAAGCUGCUCUAGAGGAGCCUUUCCCAAUCUGGCACGCUCUAGGUGUGUUGAACUGCAACUCCCAGCAACUCACCAUUGUCUGUGCUGGCUAGAGCUGAUGGAAGUUGCCAUCCAAAACACCUGGAGAACAACAGGUUGGGGAACCGUGCUCUAGAGCAUUUGGGAAUAAAUGGAUGGUCAUUAUCCACUUGCGAUCAUUGGGACUGUCAAGUUGGGGGGGAGAGUUGACAUUGCUGUCUAGGAAACAAAUAAUAUAUAACAAUGAGGAUUGACUAGGCUGUGCAAGCUUUGUGGUCUUUGACUGAAGUUUAACACAACUUUGAAUAUUAUUUGGCUUCUUGGACAUACUGCAUUAUCUGGUGAAACAGAUUACUAUUGCAAAGUUUUCAAAUUUCAGAUGGCUAAUGGACUGGUGCAAACUACUGGCUGGCCCAGUGUGGUUACCUGCAUUGGCAACUGGUUUGGGAAAGGAAGGUAAAUCUUUUAUAAUCUGUUUGUCUUGGGUGGGGUUGGACACAUUGCAAACUAAGUGAAAUAGUCUGCCUCAUAACUCAGUAACUCACAGAUUUUAAAAGCUAUGUUUUACAGUGAAGUUGUGCCAUUUAACAUUCCUUGUUAGUGUAAUCAAAGACAGUAACAUAUUAAGCGAUUUGAAGUUCCUGAGGGAAAAGUGAUAGCAUGAGAAGUGUAUAUGUGGUCUUUGUUGACACAUAAGCAUAAAGACACAACCUACUUGAUACUGAAGCACUUAGCUGAGAAUACAGUGGUGCCCCGCAAGACGAAUGCCUCGCAAGACGAAAAACUCACUAGACGAAAGAGUUUUCCGUUUUUUGAGUCGUUCCGCAAGACGAAUUUCCCUAUGGGCUUGCUUCGCAAGAUGAAACGUCUUGCGAGUUCUUGCGAGUUUGUUUCCUUUCUCUUAAAGCCGCUAAGCCGUUAAUAGCCGCUAAGCCGUUAAUAGCCGCUAAGCCACUAAGCCGCUAAUAGCCGUGCUUCGCAAGACGAAAAAACCGCAAGACGAAGAGACUCCUGGAACGGAUUAAUUUCGUCUUGCGAGGCACCACUGUAUAGGAAAUGUCUUGGAGAUUAAGGAUGCCAUUCUUCAAGACUACUCACAGGUUUUGCCAGCCAUACAUACUGGUCAUGUGCCUGUUCCUGUCUGCUACUUUGGUUUUGAAUAGGAGCACUUCAAGUUGAAGAAACCUGCAUUUCAGGACUGCAGGGAUGAGUAGCCCAGAGCAAGCCCUGAGACUAGACAAACUGAAGUAACUGCUCCCAGAUGUUUCUCUGGCUGCUUGCUUGUUGCUGACCUGGGCUGGUCUCACCUACUUGCCUUCUUCCAAUAUGUCAUGGGGAGUGCCGCUUGGAAAUGCUCUUCUCUAAGCAAGCAGGCAGAGAGGCAGACAGCAUAGGCCACAAAUGCUAGCAGGCACUGCUCUGCUCACAUGAUUCAUGCAGGUGCUACUUCUGCUGCACUGCAGUUUUUUGUUUGAGCAGGUAGCAAGCGGGUGCCAGGCAGGGCGGUGAAUGAAUGAUGGCAAGAUGUUGGAGGUCACAGCUGUGUUGUGCCACCUAGCCUACCCUGCACCCUCUAUCCUAGCCUGCUACUCUCUGGUGUGGUGGAGGACGCUAUCCCAACAACAGUGCUAAAGUAAAAUUCAGUUGCCAUGCUGGUCAACAACAUCUGAGUGGGGAAUGAGGAGCUUCCAUCUUGUCCUUCACCUUGGGCAGGCUAAAUUCUUUGGCCAGUCCUGCAUACAUAGGAAAGCACAUCAGAACCCAACACAAAAUCUACCCAGACACCCCCCAACUCGAAGUAUUUCAAGUACUGAAAACUUAAAUGCACUAAUGUCUCACCUGGGUAAAAUGAAUGUUGAUGAAAAGUUCUAAAAGAGACCAUUUUCCUUUGUUUUUUAUAGGAGAGGAUUGAUCAUGGGAUUAUGGAACUCGCACACUUCAGUGGGGAAUAUUUUAGGGUCCCUAAUAGCUGGCUAUUGGGUGUCUACCUCCUGGGGUUUGUCCUUUGUGGUGCCUGGCGUUAUAAUAGCUUUAAUGGGGAUUGUCUGCUUCCUGUUUCUUAUUGAACGUAAGUACCUGUUCUGAAAUGAAUUUAUGCAAAACUGAGCAGGUUCUGGGUUGCGAUAAAUGUAAUUGAUCAAUAUUGUUCAUACACCACACACACACAAAAAUGCUCUAGCUUGUGUUGCAUUAAAAAAAGAGGUUGAGUGUGCAUGCCGGGUAAGUGGAUGAAUGGAGCAGAAGAAUGCGUAUGUGAUUCUGCAGUCUUAUAUCCUCACCUCCAGGUUUGGUUGCAAACCAAGAUUAUGGGUAACUUGGAGUUGACACAAUGCAGUUACUAAAAUUUGCAUCCAGUCAGAAGCCUGCUUUCAUGAUAAUCAUGCAUUUUUAGAUAUUGUGUGUUAGCAGCAUUUUAUAAAACAAACCAUAAACAUUUCCAUGAGCGCUUGGAAGAUAUCCAUGAAUUUCUGUGUUUCUGUUGUGUUAUUUCAGAUCCUAGGGAUGCAAACUGUACAAGUUCAUCAUCCAGUGUAAGUAAUGACUUUUAGGGACCUCAUUAAUUGCAUUUUCUCCAUUUCCAGUUUCACAAUACUAGUUUUCAACCAGCAUGUGUGGGGUAUGGUGGGUGUACAUAAAGGAGAAAGGACCUUUUUCUUGAACCUUCAGCUUGAAAGACUUCUGUACACCUCAAAGGCUUGAAAGCACUACUUUCCCGUAAUAAACCGAUGUGAACCCCUCCCCCCCAAAAAAUCCGGGGUGGAAAAUAAGGAAGUGUUCAUGAAACACACACACAAAAAACACACGGGCUUGGAUGAAUGGGCUAAAUAUGUUUGCCUCAUGUGCAGUAAUAAUAAUAAUAAUAAUAAUAAUAAUAAUAAUUAUUAUUAUUAUUAUUUGUACCCCGCCCAUCUGGCUGGGUUUCCCCAGCCACUCUGGGCGGCUUCCAACAAAGAUGAAAAAUACACUAAAAUGUCACAUAUUAAAAACUUCCCUGAACCGGGCUGCCUUCAGAUGUCUUCUGAAUGUCAGGUAGUUGUUUAUCGCUUUGACAUCUGAUGGGAGGGCGUUCCACAGGGCGGGCGCCACUACCGAGAAGGCCGUCUGCCUGGUUCCCUGUAACUUGGCCUCUCGCAGUGAGGGAACCGCCAGAAGGCCCUCGGAGCUGCACCUCAGUAUCCGGGCAGAACGAUGGGGGUGGAGACGCUCCUUCAGAUAUACUGGACCGAGGCCGUUUAGGGCUUUAAAGGUCAGCACCAACACUUUGAAAAGUAUCUGAAAAGGGAAAGUAUCUGAGUUUAUGUAUUACCAAGCUUUCCAGUUGUCAUUGCAGUUAAAAGAGAAAAAAGACUGAAGCCUAAUCCGAAUGUUUAUUUAGAUGCCUCAUUGAUUUUAAUAAGGCUUUCCUUCAAGUAGGAUUGUAGUAGGAUUGUUCUUAAUAUCUCUUAUAAAAAUAUCUUUCAGAAUUCAAAAAGUUACACGAAUGGGCCAGAUAGAUACACCAUUCAGAAACCAGAAAUAAGCGCUAAGAAAACAAGCUUAUCUUGGGUAAAUCAAAAAUACUUUCAUAAUUAGAUUUUUCAAAGCUUGCAUGAAUUCAUAUUUAAGCAAAUUACCUUAAUGCUUUGAGGGGGGAAUGAUUGCAUGAAGCAACAUUUGCUUAAUCACAUAUUUUCCAACUGUCCCUGUUUAUGAGAGACAGAUGUGACCUUCUGUUAUCUGUCCUUGGUAAAUCAGUGUUUCUAUUUUGUCCCUUCUGCUUUGGGAAGAUUUGGAAGUUGUAUUUUUAAAAGACUGUUAGUAUAUAUGCACAUGUGCAUAAGCUUCCCUUCCAGCCCUGUGCAACUGCAUAUCCUGACAGUUAAUUUCAGUGAAUGUGUUUCAGUUUCAGCUAUUUUAUUUAAUCAGAACCAAAUUCAUUGUGUGCUUAAGCAAUGCAUUCUCAAGUUUUAACAGAGGACACUUGUGGUUUAGAAAGCAUUGCAGAGAAAUGUAGGUGUGCAUGCAGACAGCAGCUUUCAGCAAGGAGUAAUAAUAGAUCAUUAGUAUGAGAACAGGGAUGUUUUGUGUAUGCAAGAGUGGCCCUGUCUUAUCCUGCGAGAUGUUGGAGGGCAUGUAAAUAUGUAUUUAUUUGCUUGAAGUUAGCAGUGCAAUAGGUAUGUUUAGCAGUAUCUUUCUUUUUGCAAAAUUUAUUGCCCAGUGGCUUAUGCAAUAUCUUAUUGAUUGUAAAACUAACAGCACCACCCAAAUGUGGAUAAUGAUUUAGCUCUCUGCACACAGAGAACAGGGUACACAGAUUCUAUGCACAAAAACCUGGAAAAGAAAGUUCAUAAUAACGUGAGCAGUAGCAACUAUCCUUGGCCAAGGUCUUCCACUUCUUCCUACAGACUCAGGGCUCCUCCAAACUGCCUGUUUGUUCAGCAUUCAUCCUGAUUUGCAGGCACAAAGCUUAUGGGGUGCUCAGAUUGCAUCCAGUCUUUACUGGGAUUUCUUUCUUUCUGAUUUGUUUGUGGAUGCUUAUAUGAAAAUGAGCAUCCAUCCAUUCAUUCUGAUUUGCUCGCGGUGUGCAUACAUGUCUUCCUAUUAAUCACCCUACACUUUCAAAUACAUGAGAUGUUGCCUAGAUACUUCUUCUCCAAAAACCCAUAAUCUAAUGACCUACCUCCAUAUGGAGCUGGUAUGUCCUAUUGUCCAGUUAGUGUGUUUCCUAAGAAAACACCUCUUGGCAUGGGGCUAAUUCUGUUAAUAUCCUGAGGAAAGACCUCCCCUAAGAAAGUACUAGCUAAUAAGGCCAUGUGAAAUCCAUACAUAAUGGCAUUUUUGUCGAGUUGAAUAUGUCAUAUGGGAAUAGGUCUUGCGGCAGGUAACAUGAUUCCAUAAGUAAGUUUAAAUUGCUUCAGCCAUUGGUGUUUCAAUAUUAGUUUAUGGUUCCAAUUAACCUAUUAAAAUGCAAAAUUAUUUCAUGUUAACAGUACAUUAAUAUAUGAGUGGCUUGGUUUAUUGCUUUCGUUGAACUUGAUGGGGUCUUUUGUAGGAUCCAGAGAAGCACUGCCUGCUCCCUGACAAUGAGAAAUGCAACAAGUCACUGAAUCAUAACAAUGGAGGCUGUGAGGAAACUGAAAACAGGAAGUCUGCUAUAAGUUUUUCUGGAGCUUUGCGAAUACCUGUGAGUAUACGUUGCCAUCUUCAAAUCUGGACUGAGGCUUGGCCCUUAUAUUUUUCAGAAGAUGAAAGUAAUAGUAAUAGUAACAACUUCUACUAUGUCAGCUUCUCCAGUGACAGUAGCCAUGCCAUGGAAACAAAGCAUAAUGCAUCAAUCGGAGGUACCUUUUUCCCUCACUGGUUGUGUGCAAUAUCUGAACCAUGAACCAGCCUGGGCCUCACAGUCUUCAGCAAGGGCUCAUGUGUGUCUCAUCUAAUGGAAAUGUGGAGGGCAGCUACACAAGAAUCGGCUUUUCCAGCUGUGGCUCCUCAUCUGUGGAAUGCUCUCCUCACAGAAACACAGGCUAAGACAUUUUUAUUUACUCAAUAUUUUGCUGAUUGAGUUAACCUGUGGUGCUCGCCUUCUAGUGGAAUUUCUCCUGCUUUUUGUAUUGCUGGAUGAGCAUUUUAGUAAUUUUGUAUGCCUUUCUAAAUUUGCCUUUUAAUAUUUUUUUUCCUGUUUGUAUAUUAUUUUAAGUCAUUUUGAGAAAUUUCUUUUUUGUAUAAAAUGACUAAGAAACUCAAUGAUGAAUAUUGGCCCGAAUAUAAGCCGCACCUGAAUAUGUUGUACCUUUAAAAUUGGAGGGGGGGAAUAAAAAAAGUAUGCUUUUAAAAAAAUUAAAAUUAUUUUAUCUUCUGUUCUCUGUAGGGAGUUGUAGAAUUCUCUCUCUGCCUGUUAUUUGCCAAACUGGUCAGCUACACUUUUCUUUUCUGGCUUCCAUUGUACAUCACAAAUGUAGGUAAGUAUCUGUGUUUAAAGAAUCAUGUAUAUGUGAUCCACAUAAAGAUAAACAUAUUCUGAAGUAAGGUAAAUGUAAAAAGGUAAAGGACCCUGGACGGUUAAGUCCAGUCAAAGGCGCCUAUGGGGUUGCUGUGCUCAUCUCACUUUUCAGGCGAGGAGAGCUGGCGUUAGUCCUAAGACAACUUUCCAGGUCAUGUGGCCAGCAUGACUAAACCACUUCUGGCGCAACGGGACACCAUGACGGAUGCCAGAGCACACAAAAAUGUCGUUUACUUUCCUGCUACAGUGGGAAGUAAUGGCUGACAAAAGGGAGGAUAGUAUUAUCAAGGUGGAUAUUAUUAUUAUAAUUUAUAUCCUGCCCUUCCUCCCAGUGGAGCCCCCCCCCUUCACAGUGAUACUCGGAGGUUAAAGCAAGUAAUUGGGUCUCUCGCUCACACAAGGAGACCUCUUGUGUACACAAAACCAGUGCUAAUGAUAAUUGCAUCCUCCUAUCAGCUGAUGUAAUAGGAGGGCCGUCCUGCUUGAUUUUGCAAGGCAUCAUUACUAUACUUUGCAAAAUGCUGCUUCUGCAGAGUAUAGUAAAGAUGCCUUGCAAAAUCAAGCAAGAUCCCCCCUUCCAACCAUGUAAUUGCUAAUAGCAGCUUUGGAAGUUGGUGAGUUACCCUGGGAAAGAUUAAAGCACCCAUUUCCAGACCACCAUUUUUGCAGCCUUGAAAGAUGCCCCAUAGGGCUGCUAGUUAUCAAAACAAAACACUAGUCAUGGAUCUCCCACACCACAUCUGGGUUUGCCCUGAAUAACUUGGAACAGAUACCUAUUUUGUACGCAUUAUAAUAUAUAACCUUAAUUCUUAGUGCCGCCUGCCAGCUUGUUAAACUUAUAUCUUGCCUUUCUUCCAUCAUGAACACAAGACCCCCACAUACAGAGGGCAGUCAGCCAGUUUUGUAGCUCCUGAAAAAAAUCUAAGCAAUUCCUGCUGUAUUUUUUUAUUUCCUUCACUGACAGAACAUAUUGAUGCUAAACGAGCAGGCGAUCUAUCCACACUAUUUGAUGUUGGAGGAAUCUUUGGUAAGUUUGCAACUUAGUGUUUGAUACUUUAAAACUGCACACACAGAAUCUAUAUGUUUCUGAAUUGACUUGAUAUUCUUAAACACAGAGGCAAGAGCUAUGGAGAAAAGCAGGUGGUGGGAACUGGUCAGACAAACUGAGCUGCUCAGCUGAGAGAGUGAGAAUAUUAAGCAGAUGAUGGUUUUUGUAGCAGGUGGAGCACAACAAAAUGUCAUACAAUAUUUAAACCAAUUCACAUCUAAAUACCUACAUAACUAAUAUAGCAGUAGCAUCACACUCAAAACUGACUUCACCCAUCACAGAUCUCUACCUCUAAAGCCUUAUGAAAGAAGUGUGCAAAACAAGUACACCGUCAAGGUACAUCUCAGCGGGGAGAGCAAUCAAAAAGCCUAUUCACAGGCCCUUGUGCUCCUCAUUCCGAGCAGAGACCACCAAGAGAGCCUUGCCUUCCAAUUGAAAUUAACAGUCAGGAAUAAACAAGAGUAUUAUCUUUGCAAGAGUAUUAUCUUUGAUAGUUGGACAGUGUACUCGAAGCUACAAACAUGCGUCUGACCAAACUGCGGGAGGCAGUAGAAGACAGGAGUGCCUGGCGUACUCUGGUCCAUGGGGUCACAAAGAGUCGGACACAGCUAAACGACUAAACAACAACAAUUAUCUUUGCUAUGCUCCAUUUCAGACAUUGGCAAGAAAUGUUUUAAUUUAACAAAUUUAUAUACCGCCCUUCAAAAAUAACAUUCUUCCCAAGGCAAUUUACAGGCUAUAUCAACAUACAGAAAAAAAAUACAAUUAACACUGCUUAGAAUAUAUUGAUCGCCUGAACCCAUUGUUUAUCAAAACCAACAAUACUCCAGCAAAAAUGACAUACAGUGGUGCCUCGCAAGACGAAAUUAAUUCGUUCCGCGAGUUUUGUCGUCUUGCGAUUUUUUUCGUCUUGCGAAGCACGGUGUCGGGAAAGUUUUGGAAAAGCUUCAAAAAUCACCAAAGUCUUUAAAAACCUCAAAAAGGCUACAACACCGCGUUCUAUGAGUUGCUCAUCGAAGUCAAGUCGCAACUGUAUUAACGGUGUUAAGAAAAGGAAACAAACUUGCAAGACGUUUCCGUCUUGCGAAGCAAGCCCAUAGGGAAAAUCGUCUUGCGAAGCAGCUCAAAAAACAAAAAACCCUUUCGUCUAGCGAGUUUUUUGUCUUGCGAGGCAUUCGUCUUGCGAGGUACCACUGUAGUAGCAAAUAAUGCAGCUACCAGAAUUAGACAAGAUUAUCAAAUCUCCAGCCAAACAACAAUUUAGUGCAACAAGCCAUGAAAAAAGAGUUUUUAAUGCCAUCUGAAAGUGUCCAAGGAUGAACCCUGCCUGAUAGGGACUUUAAAGGUCAACACCAGUACUUUCAGUUCAGACUCGAGUGCCGGGCUCCAACCAAUUUCUGAAGCACCUUUAAAAGGCAGCCUCAUGUAGAGUGCAUUAUGGUAGUUUAGUCUGGAUGCCACUAUCGCAUGGAUGUCUGUGCUGAGGUCCAGUGGGAAAUGAUGGUGGGCAUGUAGAGAUUGAAACUGAAGAGACUAUGGGGAAAAUAGAUUUGGGAGCAUUCCGCAUAAAAGUGGUAGCUGGAACCUUCAGAACAAAAAGAUUACUCAAUGAAAGAGUACAGAGUUAAAAAAAAUAGGAAUACAUGAGCCCUGCAAAGAUUUGUCUAGCAUCCUGUUUCCUUCAGUGACCAAACUGAUACCUCUUGAUAAAGCAAGACCUGUCAAGGUUUCCGCAGUGGCUGAGAGGAGCCUUACGAGGUUGGAUCUCCCCCUGCGAAUUCAAACUUACCGUAUUUUUCGCUCUAUAAGAUGCACCAGACCAUAAGAAGCACCUAGUUUUUGGAAGAGGAAAACAAGAAAAGAAAAAUAUUCUGAAUCCCAAAAGCCAGGACAGCCAGCAGGAUCGCAGCUAAGGCUCCCCCAAGAGCUGUGCUCCCUUUAAAGAGCGUGCAGAGUGUGUGUGCGGCUCUUUAAAGGGAGCGCUGAGCAGAGCCUCCCGCCUGCAUUUGCUCCAUAAGACGUACACACAUUUCCCCUUACUUUUUAGAAGGGGAAAAGUGCAUCUUAUAGAACGAAAAAGAUGGUAUUUCUUCAUCCCCUGAGAAAGAGACCUGAAACUUCCUAAGGUCCCUGGGAAACUUUCUGAGGGACCACAGGAGUGUGUUCUUAAAAAUAAUUAAAAAAGAGAAGAUGGACAUUUUGUGCUUGUGGGUUUCCCACGGGUAUCUGGUUGACCACUGUGAGAACAGGAUGCCGGUCUAGGUGAGCCCUUCACCUGAUCCAGCAGGCUCUUCUUAUUUCUUCCACUUUGAUCAUUACAUUGUAGAAAUUAUUGGUGAUAGUACUACUGGCUUUGUUGAUGCAUAAUAUAUGCAGGGCACUUCUUUAAGAAAACAAAAGGAUGCCCUUUAUGGGUAGUGUCUAACGUAGUUGCAAACAUGUCCUCACUUAGAGAUUCAGUUCCCCAUAUCUUUUCCCACAGGUGGAAUUUUGGCAGGCAUAAUAUCAGACCGACUGAAGAAAAGAGCUACAACUUGUGGCAUGAUGCUUUUGAUUGCAGCACCCACGGUACGGCCUGCUGUCUCAACUACAGAGAUAAAAUUAGAUGUGUCUGCUAGCUGGUGCUGGUUUAGCGAUGGAGGGAUGGAUUUUUAAUGUUCUGCUGUUGAAACUGUUUAAGUGACUUUGUUACCCACUGAAACAUAAGAUUCUCUUCCCCGUUGAAGGAUUGGCCUUAACAUGUGAAAAUUACUAUAAAAUCCUAGAACUUGCCUUGCAUCCUACAUAGCAGAGAUCUAUAAUUGCUUCGUCAGGCCUGUCGUCUAUGCCAAUAGCUCCCAAAAUGCAAAAUAAUGCAGAUUUAUUAAUUGAUACCCAGCAAAGACAACUGAUCUUGUUAUUGAAAAGUUAAAGUUUCAUGAUGAGUUGAGCUAACUGUUGCUUUAUGUCUACUUUAGCUAUACCUAUUUUCAGCAAUCAGUAAAAUGGGCUUUGAGGCCACCAUAGGUGAGUUCUCUGUUUUCUAGCGUUAUUUUUUUAACCUAUUUGGGAUGAUUAAAAAUAUAUCUGGGACUGUAUUUCAUAAUAUAUUAUAAAAUAUAAGUACUGAACAUAGGUCUAAGAUGGUCACUCCUAAUGGUAUUUAUAGACCAGUUCUGUUUUGUUGUUGUUGGUUUUUUCCCCAAUCGAGAAUCAUCUGCUCAUGAGAGCAGUGUAGCUCAUGAAGCACGAUCUCAAAUAUCAAUCACAGCAUCAGUGAUCUGGAGCCUAAAUUGCUUCUCUGCUAAUAGCUUACCUUUUGCAAAAGCUAAUGGGAGAUAGUGGAAUUAGCUAUACUCCCUUAAUUCAGUGCAUGUUGUCUUGGGUGUAUGAACUCCUUACUGUAGUCUCAAACCACAUACACAGAGGGGCUCUAGCCAACCAAUUGUAAUCAUGUGAAUGUCUGGGGGGCGAAUGGACAAAAUAUACUUCCAUUUCUUUCUUCCCCACUGCAUUUAAAUAUAUUUCCUACUUCCUUACUUGGGGCUGACAAUCUGGAACUGGAAAUAAGUAGUACAGAUAAUUUUCAGCCAUAGUUUUACUUAGUAUACCUAAAUAGUAAUUACUGCUUUGGAGGGGUCUAAUAUAGUAAGUAGAUCAUUGCAGUGUCGCUGUUUGUGAGUUGCGUAGUCACUAGUAGCAAAUAGGAAUUAGCCACUGAGGCUCAGGACUGACAGACUCAGAAGUACAGCUCAGCAGCAAGGGGCUUGCAGAUAGCAUCCUUUGCUUGCAAUCCUCUGCCAACUUACGUACAUGUGAGCUGGUCCCACUGAACCUAAUGGGGCUUAACCUCAGGUAGACUUGCAUAGGAUUUCACUGUGUGCCUCUCUUUUGCCUUUGGAGGCCUACUGGUUCUACUAAGGUCCAGAGUAAGCAGCAGCAGCAGCAAGUUAUUGAGUUCUGUGCUUGUUCUCACUGUGGGAGAGACAGGUACAAGGACCGAUUGCCAUCAUUUGCCUCGCAAUCAGCAAAUAAAUGUGGCAGAAGGCAAGGCAGGGCAGAUAUGGCAGCAGUGUGUCUUAUGCAGACUACAACACAACACUCUGCUCUUAUUUGUCCCCAGUUCUUUCUGUUAUCCAUGCCUUCUCAACCUUUAUUUCCAAGGCUGUUUUAAGUCUGCUUGUCAGUUCAGUUUUACCAAUAAGUCAAAUGAGGAUAAGAAUGCCAGUCCCCUCUGUUACGUAACUUUUCCCAUGCUUUCAUUUCAAAUAUACACCAAGAACAAUCCACUGGCUAUUUAUUACUGGGUGACCAUUUUUUUUUACCUUAUAAGGUAUUUUGGAAAACAGAACUUCCACUGUUUAUAAUUUCGUAACUCGUCUGUUUGAAAUAAAUGUGCAUUGAUUAAUAGAUCUUUCACCCUCCAUGUAUUGUUAGAGCGAACACAAAUUCUGAAAAUCUGGUUGUUGUGUUUAAUCUCAUUUCAAGUUAUGCUGCUCAUCAGUGGAGCUCUUGUAAAUGGCCCUUAUGCGUUGAUCACAACAGCUGUCUCAGCUGACUUGGUGAGUAUGUAUCUGUCUUAAAUGUUCAGGUUAGUUCUCAUAAUAUAUUAGUCAUUUUCGUUUUAAUAAGAACAGGGACACAAGAAAGGAAGAAGCACAAUGUUCUAGAGAAGGACAGAAUCCAUAGGCCAGUGUGGCUUCCUCUCUCCAUUAGCCUUGAAGUGUGUGGGUUGAAUGGCCCCUCGAAGAAGAAGAUCCUCACUAAUCUACAACUGGGUUUAUGGUGGUGUAUCCAGUAUCUGUCUAAUCCAAUAGGAAACAAUUUGAGAAGAAGGAAGCUAGGAAAGGCUCCUGUCUUGACCUAAUGCAAGUUCCAGUAUAUGGUUUUAAGGAGUUCAGAAAAGACGUUUUAUUUAUCCUUUAAUGUAAAUAUUGGAAAAGUCUUCUUUCUUUGCUGAUCACUCGUAGCCAAGUAAGAUUGUCGUCCGUAAACACGGUUUUAACAAUGAGUCCGUAGGUGACUGGGACACGGGUGGUGCUGUGGGUUAAACCACAGAGCCUAGGACUUCCCGAUCAGAAGGUCGGUGGUUCGAAUCCGGGUGAGCGCCCGUUGCUUGGUCCCUGCUCCUGCCAACCUAGCAGUUCAAAAGCACGUUAAAGUGCAAGUAGAUAAAUAGGUACCGCUCUGGCAGGAAGGUAAACGGCGUUUCCGUGCGCUGCUCUGGUUUGCCAGAAGUGGCUUAGUGAUGCUGGCCACAUGACCCGGAAGCUGUACGCUGGCUCCCUCAGUCAAUAAAGCGAGAUGAGCGCCGCAACCCCAGAGUCGGCCACGACUGGACCUAAUGGUCAGGGGUCCCUUUAUCUUUACCUUUACCAUAGGUGACUGUGGAGGCCAAUUCUGGAUCCACACGUCCUUCCACAGUGGGGACAUUGGUGGUUUCCGGGUGGGAGUUGAUCACGGUGUGGAUUUGCCAAGCGUACCUUCCUCUGAGCACGUUUCUACCUUGCGUCCUGAGUUCGAGUGUCUUCAAAGUCCAUGACACCUUUGGUAAAGGUUGUUCUCCAACUGGAGUGCUCACAGGCCAGUGUUUCCCAGUAUUGGAAAAAUACCCCAGUCUACAGUUACUCAACACAGCUGUGUGUAAGAAUUUUGGCUUGCUGCUCUGUGGUGGUAGUGGGACUACAAGAUAGAGGAACAUCAGAAGUGGCCCAAAUGCAAAAGCAUUUAAGAGAAACUGUUGUAAUGUCUAGUUUUGAUUGAUAUAGGUUGAGCACCCCCAGAUCCACCCAUUCAGCUUUGUGAAACAAAGACUAUUUCAUUUAUAUUCCACCUCUUCGUCCUAGGAGCUCAAAAAAGCGGAACUGUAUAAAUGAGAAAUGAUUGUUAAUAUUGCUGCUAUCCGUGCUAACAUUAUUAAGGUUUGAAAAUUUUGUUUUUAAAGGGUACCCAUAAAAGUCUCAAGGGAAAUGCAAAAGCACUCUCCACUGUUACAGCUAUCAUUGAUGGAACAGGUUCAGUAGGUAAGCUUUCACUCCCAAAAUAUCUGCCUUAAGAACAAAAGUUCAGUUGAUGGGCCUAGUUGUAGAAUGACUGUAAUUGUAGCUGCAGACCUGGAAAUCUAUGCCCAUCACCCCUCAGUUAUUUUUCAAUGGAAACCCAAGCACUUUCCUGGAGCACGUCAGAGCGUCGUCGCCCCCCCCCCCCCCCGCUUUUUCGCUUUCCCCAGAAAAACCCAUCUUUACCAUUUAAUCAGAGCAAAUGGCAAAUCCGGUUUUCCACGGAUGACCAUUUGCUUCGAUUCAGCGGUAAAUUACUGGUUUUCGCAGGAAAAGCAGAGGGCCAAAAAAGAAAAGCAGUCAGACCUGGAAAGUCCAGACCUCUGUCUAGAAAUGCAGAGCAAAAGUAGGUGUGGAUGAGCCCUCUGUCCUAUCCCAUUUCAGGAGGAAUAUUUGUGGUUUCAUGAAGCAGUGGUGACAUAUCUAGAAGCCACUUCCGAAUAUGUUAUCAAAGUUGAAAUCUCAGGAAUGUAUAAAAUAUUAUGCAGCCUGUCAGAUGCGCUGCUUCUUGCACUGUAUUGCUUUAACCCGUGUGUCCUGUGUUUUAGGUGCUGCUCUGGGACCUUUGUUAGCUGGUCUCCUCUCUCCUUCUGGUUGGAACAAUGUGUUUUAUAUGCUGAUGAUAGCAGAUGCUUGUGCCUUGCUAGUAAGUCAAAGUAUGGAAUAGUACCAUAUUUCUGUGUCCUGUAGGCUCCUUUGUUAAAAUGUAGAGUUCAGUUUAAUGUGUUGACUGCACUGAUUUCAUAGAAUCGUAUAAUUGUAGAGUUGGAAUGCAGGAAUCUCAACUAAACCAUCUAAACUAACUAAACUCAACUAAACCAUCCAUGGCAGGUGGCCAUCCAACCUUUGCUUAAAAAAUCUACAAGGGAGAAGAGUCACCACCUUCUGAGGGAGUCCGCUGCACUGUCGAACAACUCACAACAUCAGAAAGUUCUUCCUGAUGUUGAGUCAGAAUCUAGCUGUGUAGAGUUCUAUUUAAUACUUUUAAUGUCUCAUUUUCCCAAAUAGCUUGAUUUAGAUUUCCAUUCAGGAGUGCAACUUACACAGCAUAUCACUCUUUUAUAGUGCUUUUUAUCACAAAGGUACUAUGCUGUAGUCUACACCAUCAAAUUUCGUCCUUAAUUUUAAUAUAAUUGGGUUUCCUAAAAUAAAUGUGAUGAUGUUAAAGUAACUUGUUAUAAUUUUCUCAGCUCCAUGGGGAUGGAGAUGGACCUCAUUUUAAAAUAUACAUGAAGAGAAUGGGAGCUUUGGUCUCCACUUGUGAGGUCUGAAUUGUUUUUGAGCAUCUCUCAUGCUAUAAAUAUAUAUAUGUCUGGCUACUGUUAAUGCAAAAGUGAAAGUGGGAAAAAGGCACUUGAAUAUAAAUGAGUUGUCCAGCCAACAUAGGUUUUUUAUUCACAUUUCAAGCUGAUGGAAGCAAUUACUGUUAGAACUUCUCUAAGCCUCCUACAUAGACACCAUUAAGGGAUAUAUAUAUAUAUAUAAUUUUAUUUUUGCUGCUAUAAGUGUGAAAUCAGUAGUUAUGCUAACAUCCAACCUUGCUAGGGCCAGAAAUAUAUAUAUCAUAAUUUCCUUUGAGAUAAUCGUUUAAGUUUUCUGCAACUAUUCCUAACUGGAAAACCCUCUUGCUAGCUAAACUCUGUCUUUGAGGAUUACUUCAGUAAGUUUUAUAAAAUCCUAUAUGUAGCUGAAAUCUGCAAUUGGUGGCACCUAAGAAUUGUUCAUAUUUAACCACCACCUCCCCACGAAAGCAUUAGGUUACCAUAGUAAUAUAGGUUUUAGUAGAAACUAUCAAAGAUAGAACCUUUAAAAGGCAGGGGUAGGAGCUGCAAGUAUGCUUUGGUAGGUUUUUUGUGUCUUCACAUUUCAUUUAAGGAAACGGUAAGGAAUUAGGGAAUUGGAGAGACUAAAAUGGUUCCUUCAAGAACCAUUGAAUCCGAUUUGUAAAAUCAAGCCUUUCAAUAAUUUCCUCCCCCCCCCCCCGCAACACACACAUACACACCCUGAGUUGAUAAACCUUUUCAUCUCUGUUUGUAGCUCUAUCUUCUGAAAUAUUACUGAGAGGACAGUCCUUUUUGGAGGGUGGCAAAAUGUUGUUGUUGUUUAAUAAUCCUUCUCUUUUUCUCGAGAACAUUGUUUAUAAUUUGAGAAUUAUUGCAGAAGAUGCAGGCGAUUUGUGUACUUAUGCACGUCAAAUGAAUUUAGUGCUGAGAAUGAACCACCAAGGACCAUUGCACUGCUAGGUUUCAAGGAGCCUAGGGCCAUUUGCCCUGAAGAGGCCUGAAUAGCCAGUUACCCUGGUCCCUCCACAUCUGCUGCCUGCUUUCACCUCAUUCCCCUGAUUGCCCCACUUUUUCUCAACACACCCACCCCACAACUUAUCAGAUGGUGUUGGAAGGGGAGGGGCCCUUUGCUACUAUUUUAAACGUUGUGUAGCAGCAGACACACUGUUUAGUCAAGCAGUGGCUAAGCCAAAUUCAACACUGCAGGACCUCGGUGUACCUGCCAUCAUUACACUUAGUUUAAAAGUUUGUCGAAAGAAAAAUAAAUCCUUUCCCUUCUCAAUUCCUUUUGGAAGGAGAGGGGAAUGGCACUGCAAAUUCCAGGGUCACCUUUGUAGGCUCUGCUAAGCAGGUGGCAUCAGGAAGGGAUUCAUUUUUCUUUCUGUUCCUCUUUUUAAAACAGUUUUUCAUGGGCGUCCAGCAUGCUGCUGAACCAAGUGCUUGACCUUUCCAGCUUCAGCCCUAUGUACAAUUUCCCAGAGUGCUAAUCUCUGAGCAAAACCCUCUCUGGCGUAACAAAGAUGGCAACAGGGACAGCUGCAGUCAGCUCAGCGGGUGUUUUGCUGUGCAAAAGUGUUCUUAAAUUACAUGCACACAAAGCUCUUGUGUAUAAUAGUAAAAAUAAAUAAAUAAAUAAAUAAAUAAAUAAAACCCUGCCCAUCUGGCUGGGUUUCCCCAGCCACUCUGGGCGGCUCCCAGCAAAAUAUUAAAAUACAAUUAAAAGCUUCCCUAAACAGGGCUGCCUUCAGAUAUCUUCUAAAAGUCAGAUAGUUGUCUAUUUCUUUGACAUCUGUUAUCUCUAGUAGUCAUUUACCCACUCUACUCUGGGGUCUCAGCAGUGCUUUUUUCCUAAAAUAAUAAUAAUUAAAAAAAAAUGUUUAGGGGUACUCUCAUUUUCCUACUCAUAUUGAAAUACUGCCCCUCAAUGAGAGCAAACUUUGCUUCACAAAAUGUUUAGGGGUAUGCAUACCACUGCGCCCUGCCCUCCCCCCCAAAAAAAGCACUGGGUCUCUCCCUCACAGUUCCAUUAUAUCAGAGAGAUCAACCUAGUUACUUAAGCGAAUGAUGGCGAUACCCUUUCAGAAUAGCGUAAGGACAACACAGCACAUCAAUCCAUUUCCCAAUAGGCUUGCGCUCCCUCUACUGGGCUCUUCAUCAAUUUGCGGCUACGGUUUUUGCAUCUCUGAACUUAUAUUUACACUUGGUCUCAGACAUAAUACAGUGGUACCUCUGGUUACCUCUGGAGGUCCGUUCUUAACCUGAAACCAUUCUUAACCUGAGGUACGACUUUAGCUAAUGGGGCCUUCCGCUGCUGCUGUGCUGCCGGCGCGCAAUUUCUGUUCUCAUCCCGGGGCAAAGUUCUUAACCCGAGGUACUACUUUCAGGUUAGCGGAGUCUGUAAGCAGAAGUGUUUGUAAUCCGAGGUGUUUGUAACCCAAGGUACCACUGUACUGUGCAUGGUUCAUUAGGCUGCAUAUUUGGCUAGCAGAUUAAUAUGUCAUGCAUUAUACAGGGGCUAUAGUGGGCUUUUGGUGACCAGUGGAUUAAUUUGUAUGUCCAGUGCUUAAAAAGGGGCAGUUGUUUAAAUUAGGGACUUCCAAAGACCUUUUGUUUGCCAAGUUCCCCAUAUGAAAAAAUUAGGUCCAUUGUGCAUCCUGGCCCCUUUACACUAGAAGAUGGGAAUCUGCCACUAGUCCAUAAACACCACUUUUAUCCAGGUAACCCAAGUACCUCCUUUCAUUUCAUUUCUUUGCUUUGGCCUACAGAGAUGUAACCCCAUUAGUUUGUUGUAGCAAGAACAACAAAAGAGUAUUGUGGUACCUUAAAGACUUUAAAAAUUAUUAUGACAUAAGCUGCCAUGGUCUUUUGUCAGCGUCCUAGGAGAAUUUAUUCCUCCAGUCUGCCCUCACUUUUGCCUGAAUGCUGUCCAGUCCCUCACUUUAAGACGCCAUCUUUAUUUACAUGAAGAAUUCAUGUCAAGCGCCAUUUUUGCUCUUGACACUGUUUUUAUUUUAUUUUAUCUAUACAGUUCUUGCUCCGCCUUAUACGAAAUGAACUUCGAUGUAGUCUGGAUCGCACCCUGUAAGUUUUGGCUUAACUUCCUGUGUGCCAAUACAUUAUGUUUACAUUAUAUUUAGCUAACAUAUCUUUCCAUUCAACAACAACGUGGCAAUUUUCUUUCUUUUUCUAUGUUUGGAUUUCUGUACUGUUUAUCAGCUUCUCAAAUAAUUGUUUGAAAUUUAUUUAUUUAUUUAUUUAUUUAAAAAAAUCUUUUAGUUGUUGCAAGAGCAGAUAAGAUGUCCAAAUAUCUCUGAUACUUGUUUUCAUGUUAUUUGUCACCCUUUUUUAAAUUGCAAAUUAUUUGCUUCCUAGGCUGUGGUCUAGAAAAGGUAUAGAUACUCACAGUCUUCUUCCAGUUUUUAAAAUGCCUUUUGCCAGCAGGAGUUGCUGCAGCAAAAAUCUCCUUCAGCGCACGUCACUCUCUUUUUAUGCAUACACCUUAUACUUUCCUACCACUAGGAAAAUUACAAACGUGUGAAAUUAAAGUGGAACUGGACUGUGUCCAUGUCUGAUUCUGCAGCUGGUCUGAGGCACACUAUACUGCACUGAUUCUUGAUAGGCCUGGACAGUAAGGAGUUUAUAAAACCAAUACUCUACUGCACAAAGUUUCUGUUUCAUUCCAUUUCAGGGUGCUAAAUAUAGCCAAUCAUGCUAGUAAGGAGUUUGGACACUAGAUGACUUGCAGUAUAUGUAGCCACUCAGUAUUGAAGAACAACGGGAAGGGCUUUCCCUUACACUAGCCCUAAUCCAGUGAGAUAACAUCCCCUUUUCCAAAAGCUAUUGUACACCACUUUUUGGUUAGUUAAGCUUUUAGCUUUUAGGAGUGAGCAUAGAAAUGUCUUAGCUAUUUUAUUUUAUUGAUUUAAUUUAUGAAUCUAUAUAUUAAAUAUGAAUAAAGACCAUGAUAGAUAAUUAUAUAUAUAAUUAAAACAACUGUUCCUUGCCCUGAGCUAUUGUGAGAUGUCACUCGGAAAGCUAAAAGGCAAUUAAGGUGUGGGGGGGGGGCUUCCUUCUUCGAAGGUAGUAAUUACUAUAUAUCAAGAUGUAUCAACUCUUGUUUCUUGACUGCUGAUAUCCUUCGUUCUCUUGUAGGUUUAAAGAACACUGAAUUUCCGGAAACAAGUAAAUUAAAAUGAUUGUUUUUUUGAAGACUUUGACUGUGUUCCAGAGAGCCUAUUUAUGACCCACUACCAAGAAGGAGGCUGCUGUGCUUGAAAAUGAAGUAGGGGUGGGGAAUCCCAGUUGCACAUAUUUCUCUGGAUCCUGGUCUUUGUGGAUUUUUUGUUGCUGUUUGUUUUUUUUUGUUGCAUUUGAGCUGCAUUUUCUGAACAGAUUUGCACGAUUAUGGGAAGAAGGUUUCAAAAUUCAUCUCCGCUCCUCCCUCUUUAUUUUGCACAUGUACCAAUAUCUCAGGAAGGAGAGUGUCCUCAAAGAAAGGAGCUGUUAACUAUUUUAUGGACUAACUGAGCCAAAGAAAAUGCGCCUUGAUACUAAUUUUGUCUUAAAUAAGUUUUAUGUUACAUGAUUGGUUUCAUUUUUUAAAAAAAUAGAAUGCAAACAGAACUAAAGGAAAUGGAGCUAACUUUAGAGGCUUGUUUGCAGUGUGCUCAGAAGAAUUAGCAAAAGAUUGAACAAAGUGUCCUUCAUGUUAUGUCUGAUCUUGCUAAGAAUGGCUGUUGCUGGAUAUCUGAUAUUUAUUCUGUUAUAAGAAAGCAGGUUGUCCUAUUAUCCAGCAUAAUCAACUAACUUUUCACACUGUACAGUUUCAAAACAAUGUUAUUCUGUAUCUAAUGGGUUGGAACCUGAAGUGCCGCGUAUAUAUGGUGGUUACUCUGCAAUUGUCCAGUCCCCUGCUUCUGAACCUAAUCUCAUGGAGUCAGUAACAGGAGAACAGUACCCUUUCCUAUUAUUAUUUAUUUAAUAAGCAGUACCAUCUAGACUUUUGGGUAAUGCUGAUUAAAAAGAAGGGUCACUAGCCAAUCCAGUUAUGGCAGGCCUUGUCUUUUAAGGCUUUAAAAAAAAUUGUUGAGGGUAUUAUAAUAAGAAGCACAAGCAGUGUAGCAUCUUUGGUCUCCUCUAAAAUUGCUGGUCAAAUUUGUUGGCCAAUGAUUGGUUUGGAGAGUUAAGAUUGCUUUGGAUCAACCAUUCCAGAGUGCUCAUUCUUAACUGUACAAGCCAGGAUUUCCCCCUUCAUUUUGUAUAUGCAGAAAAUAAUGUUGCUUGAGGCCUUAGUCACUCAACAAUUGGGACCAAAACAUUCUACUGAGUAUUUUCAUUAUGACAAUUGGAAUAGUCGCAAUAUUUUCUACAGCGUAAAAGUCUCAAUUUGUAUACAAAUUGCAUAUUUUAAAAAAAUAUAGAUAAGAAAGGAAGAAAGAAAAACACGUAUAUUUUAUCCCAUAAAAGCACAAGUGUUAACUGUUUGUUGUAGUACUUUCCCCCCUGUUCAUCCUUUUAAAUUCCAGAGAAUUCGAAGUCUGUCUCUGGUCUGCAAAGAUGUAUAAUAGAACUAUUUUAUUUAAAAAGGGACUCAUAUUACAUGCUGUUCAAUGGUUUUUAGUAUUUUUCAAUAUGUAUACUGCUACUGAUUAUUUAUUAAAGUUCAAAAUCCAGUUUUCCCCCCUUUUGGACCAUCAGGACUAUGUUUAGUUUUUAUUAAAGUUCAUAAACUUACCUAUUUUCCAAGAAUUGUUUUCUUACUUAAUACAGUGUACACCAUACUUGAACCACAAGGCAGAGGCUUACAUGAAGAUAUAAAUCCCAUUAUCAGUUAAGUCAGACAGAAUUGGUGGAUGUUUCUAAAGUCCUACAUUCUAUAUCCUCAUUUCCCUGCUCUACUUUAAAAUAGCCAUGGUUUUCGUAGUUAUGCGUACAACUUGAGUAAGCAUAGCCAUGGGAAAUCUCAGACCUGUAAGCCAAAUUUGGCCUGGUGGAGGCCCUCCCUCACAUCUGACAUCAUAAGAUGUCAUAAGAUGUCCGUGGUUGGGCAGUAGAUACAUAGCUGCAAAGGAACAGCCUCAAAGCAGCUUUUAAAUGCAGCCCCUGCUGGUAUUGGUUCUGCUCAGGAGCUUUGCUUCCACAACAAUCCCUUCCAAAUGCAGGGCUUGCAGUAAGAACAUUUACUGGAGUUAAAAGGUCACCUUUAAAUAUUUGUUCUCAUGCUGUGUGCAUCUUCGUUACCUUGCCAUACCUGACAAAUUACACAGUCUACUCACUUCUGAUAAGUCCCAUUGAAUUUAUUAAAUAAGUAAGCAUGU